CCGAGUCCCGGCCAGUGCCUCUGCUUCCGGCUCGAGUUGCUCUCGCUCACGCUUGCCUUCAACAUGUCAGAGACUGCGCCUGCCGCGCCCGCUGCUCCGGCCCCUGCCGAGAAAACACCCGUGAAGAAGAAGGCCCGCAAGUCUGCAGGUGCGGCCAAGCGCAAAGCGUCUGGGCCCCCGGUGUCCGAGCUCAUUACUAAGGCUGUUGCCGCCUCCAAGGAGCGCAGCGGCGUAUCUUUGGCCGCUCUCAAGAAAGCGCUGGCAGCCGCUGGCUAUGACGUGGAGAAGAACAACAGCCGCAUCAAGCUGGGUCUCAAGAGCCUGGUGAGCAAGGGCACCCUGGUGCAGACCAAGGGCACCGGCGCGUCGGGUUCCUUCAAACUCAACAAGAAGGCGGCCUCUGGGGAAGCUAAGCCUAAGGCUAAAAAAGCAGGCGCGGCCAAGGCCAAGAAGCCAACAGGAGCGGCGAAGAAGCCCAAGAAGGCGACGGCGGCAGCCACCCCUAAGAAGAGCGCCAAGAAGACCCCAAAGAAGGCGAAGAAGCCGGCUGCGGCUGCUGGGUCCAAAAAAGCGAAAAGCCCGAAAAAGGCGAAAGCAGCCAAGCCAAAAAAGGCGCCCAAGAGCCCAGCGAAGGCCAAAGCAGUGAAACCCAAGGCGGCUAAACCAAAGACCGCCAAGCCCAAGGCAGCCAAGCCAAAGAAGGCGGCAGCCAAGAAAAAGUAGAAAGUUCCUUUGGCCAACUGCUUAGAAGCCCAACACAACCCAAAGGCUCUUUUCAGAGCCACCCACCGCUCUCAGUAAACGAGCUGUUGCACUACUAGGGGGCGUGGCUGGGGAAAAUGCUGCUAAGCAGGGGCGGGUCUCCCGGGAACGAAGUCGGGGGGGAGAAGAGUGGGAUUGUGUGUUGGCGUCUCGGGAGCUGUUUGACUAGCGUCGCGUCGCUUAUACGUCGCCCAACCCGGAGUGGAGUGGCGACAUCGCGGUUUUAUUGCGUUCUCGAAUGCUGGAGUUGAACCUAUUUGGGCCUCCCUAGGAGUUUGCACUUAGCACGACCUGGCCUGCAGAUAGCAGGGAAAACCGAAGUCCGGGUUUUCCCGGGCUUCUAUGCUGGGUUUUUCCGAGUUCCAAUCAGCACAGUGUAUCAAUUUCUAUGCUGGUUGCAAGCCUACUGGUUUUCCCUACCGAGUAUGGCAGGCAAUGAGGGAGUUGAGUACGUGUCCAUUUCAAGUGCUUGAGACCACUGACACAUACUGCCAGACUUGGGGGAUGUCCCAAUUAGCACGGCUUCUGUAUGCAACGAGUCCCAUAACUUGUUGAAGGAAGAAAGGGAUGUAAGCUCUCCUAAUCUGUUAAGUAUCUUUUCAGUGUAAGUAUCUUUUCAGUGUAAGUUCUGACACCACAAUGCUAAAAAAGUCGGAUGUCAAAAACAACUGCUCCAAGCGAAGUGCACAGCUGUCUUGCCUAAAGAGGCCUAUUUAUAGUAGCCUCGGGUAGUCUGGUGUGGGUUUUCUGAUUGGGUAAAAGUAAAGGAACGAAAUAGCCAAUGAAAAGGUAGACUUUUAAGUGUCGUUUACAUUGGCAUUUGUGACGACACACUAAAAUUAAUCCAAUCAUAAACGAAAUCUGAUUAACCUCAUUUGAAUACCGCAUCUAUAAAUGAACGGGGCCUCGGUGGGAGUGAUUAUUUUCUCAGGUGUUUGCAACAGUGUUGUAACUAGUUAACACUACGAUGCCUGAACCUACCAAGUCUGCUCCUGCCCCAAAGAAGGGCUCCAAGAAGGCGGUGACUAAGGCUCAGAAGAAGGACGGGAAGAAGCGCAAGCGCAGCCGCAAGGAGAGCUAUUCAGUGUAUGUGUACAAGGUGCUGAAGCAGGUCCACCCCGACACCGGCAUCUCUUCCAAGGCAAUGGGGAUUAUGAAUUCCUUCGUCAACGACAUCUUCGAGCGCAUCGCAGGCGAGGCUUCCCGCCUGGCGCAUUACAACAAGCGCUCGACCAUCACUUCCAGGGAGAUCCAGACGGCCGUGCGCCUGCUGCUUCCGGGGGAACUGGCCAAGCACGCCGUGUCGGAGGGCACCAAGGCCGUCACCAAGUACACCAGUUCCAAGUAACUUUGCCAAGUAAGCAUCUUUACACCUAAUCCCAAAGGCUCUUUUAAGAGCCACGCAUGUUUCCAAUAAAUGAGUUGUAAUCAUUUCAUUCAAAAGGGGGAUUAUUGGACUUAGCACUACAGUACCAAUCUUUAAUGUUACGUUAGUACUGCAGAGGAAAUAACUUGGAAGUUUUAGGGAAUAACAAUGGUUGCCAGAAAUUGAGUGCUAUGGGCACAUAUUAGAUCGUUAGCUCAUUUAGUAUCACAUAACACUAGCAUAAACAAAGUAUUGUAAAUGUAGAGCUCUUUCGUUUCCGUGUGCAGAUUUCCAAGUUGAUCGUGAUGUUGAUCCGGGACUCGGUGUGGUGAUGGCCCGCCCCGAGCACGAAAGUGCACGCUCUGGACAACUUCCUUAUAUUUGGAGCUUUCUCCACCACCACCCCGGCCCCCCAUUUUCUUGUAAAA